UUUAACUAUUUUAAAACUUAAUUAAAUUUAGAAUACUCAAUAAAAUAUAAAAAAAAAAAUUUGUCCAAAUUUUGUACUUUAUGAGCAUUUUAAUGGUCUGCGCUUUGAGUUCACACUGAAUUAAUGAUUGCGCUUCGACGUCUCACGUGGGCUCAUGAUUUAUUGCAGCAAUUUAGACGACACCGUCAUUAUUGGAAAAACAUGGAUUGUGCACUCCUAAAACCGCCAGAAGAAGUACGAGGAAUGCUGGAACUAAAUCGUGAAGCGUUCAGAAAACAAAUAAAAUUGCCACGACUGCGUGUACCAGAACGAGAUUCAAACAAAGUAUUGCCGUUGUUAAAAAAAUUACUGCUAAAGAUGGAGAAGUUGCGUCCAGUGCGACCGUUAUCCGAAAUAGAAGGCGAUAUACAGUCAACGAUGCGUGAAAUAUUGUUACAUCCUUUGGCAGUAAAAUCAUGGGAUUGCCUACCCACAGCUGAGCUGGAAAAGCACAAUAUUGAAUCAGGCAAUUUCUACUAUGCAGAUUUGGAACUUAACUACGAUAAUUGGCGCGCAGAUGAAAUUUUCAAAAGCGUACUGCCAAUUGAAGAUGAAGGACUCACUUCUUAUUCGCGCAUCGGUCACAUUGUGCAUUUAAAUCUCAGAGAUCAUAUAUUGCCUUAUAAAAACCUUAUUGGUCAGGUGUUGCUGGACAAAGUUCCCGGUUGUCGCACUGUUGUUAAUAAAGCAGCAACAAUAGAUAACACCUAUCGCAAUUUCCAAAUGGAGCUUAUAUGUGGCGAACAACAAUAUCAAGUAGAGACCAUAGAAAAUGGUAUUUUGUUUGAGUUUGAUUUCUCGCGCGUCUACUGGAAUCCACGAUUGUCCACCGAACAUGAACGUAUAACGAAAAUGCUUAACUCAAAUGAUGUACUCUAUGACGUGUUUGCGGGUGUUGGUCCAUUUAGUGUGCCGGCGGCGCAUAAAAAAUGCUGGGUACUUGCGAAUGAUCUCAAUCCAGAGAGUUAUAAAUGGUUACAGCACAAUGGCAAGCGUAAAAAGUGUUUGGCGCAUAUGAAAACAUUCAAUAAGGAUGGACGUGCUUUUCUACUCGAAGAUGUUAAGCCAGAUUUGUUGAAACGUUGGAAGGAAGACAAUACAAAGAAUUACCAAAUACACAUUACAAUGAAUCUACCGGCUAUGGCGGUGGAGUUUCUUGAUGUCUUUCGCGGGUUCUUAAAUGCUGAUGAGGCGAAGGAGCUUCUAAAUCAAACACUAAACUACCCAACUGUACAUGUAUACUCCUUCGCUAAAGGCGAGGACACGAAAACUCGUGUGCGUGAAAUAGUUGAAGAAAAUUUGGGCUUACCACUGGGGGAAAACUUAGAAGGCAUUCAUUUUGUGCGUAAUGUGGCGCCUAAAAAGGAUAUGUAUCGUGUGUCAUUUCGUUUAACGAAAGAUAUUUUACUGACAACUGCAAAAGCAACUUCCCAGCAAAUACAAUUGAAGCGUGCGGCGUCAGUUUUACUCGAAGAAGAUUUAAAUAUAGCAAAUAAAGUGAAAUGUUGAUAGUUAAUAAGAGUUAUGAACUCAAUAAAAUUUUAUUAAAUC